UUCAAUCAGUCAUUAACACUUGUGUAAUUGAGUGCAUCAAAAAUUUAAAAAUUAUUUUCUGUUACUCACAUGUGAAUAGUGCAAAUUGAAGUAUAAAUCGUCGAAAUUUUAUUAUAUUCAUUCAAUUGCUAAUAUUUUGGUGGGUGAACUGAUAGUAUUUCUUGAGGUGCUGUUAUAAACAGUGAAAAUGGGGUCGACAGAAUUUUUUCCCUACGAUCCUUACCGAAAGGUACCACUAGAACCCGGUGAAGAGAUUGUCAUUUCUGGCAUCUCAGGAAGAUUUCCGGAGUCAAUCAAUUUGAAGGAAUUCCGUGAAAAUCUCAUGAACAAAGUGGAUCUCAUAACUAAUGAUGAUCGUCGUUGGAAAUUAGAUCAUCCGGAAAUUCCGGCAAGGCUCGGAAAAAUCAGCAAUUUAUCGAAGUUCGAUGCCGACUACUUCGGUAUUAACUUCAAAGAAGCUCACACGAUGGAUCCAAUGGGUAGAAUGGCAAUGGAACAUGCUUAUGAAGCUAUCGUCGAUGCUGGAGUCAAUCCUAAACAUCUAAAAGGCACUAAGACUGGAGUUUUCAUUGGUGCAUGUUUCUCCGAGUCUGAGAUGACGUGGGUUUACGAAAAACUUCACGCAGAUGUACAUGGUGUUGGCAUCAUUGGCUGCUGCAGGGCUUUGUUGUCCAACAGGAUUUCUUACUGGCUGGAUGUGCAUGGUCCGAGUUACAAUGUCGAUUCAGCCUGCAGCUCAAGUCUUGCCUGCAUGGAGCAUGCCUACCGAGCAAUCAGAACUGGUAUGUGUGAUGCUGCUAUUGUAGGCGGCACCAAUCUUGUCCUUCAUCCCAACGUGUCACUUCAAUUCGGUCGUCUAGGUGUGCUAUCGCACGACGGUAAAUCAAAAUCAUUCGACAAUAGAGCAAAUGGUUACGUGAGAAGUGAAACAAUCUGCACAGUCUUGCUUCAAAAAGCCAAAAAUGCAAAACGCAUUUAUGGAACUGUGGUUCACGCGAAGACCAACUGCGACGGGUUCAAGCCGCAGGGGAUAACUUUUCCAUCGAGCGAAAUCCAGAGUGUUCUUCUAAAAGAUUUCUAUGAAGAGUGUAAAAUACCAGCAUCUACCGUGACAUACGUUGAAGCCCACGGUACUGGAACGAAGGUGGGAGAUCCUGAGGAGCUCAAUGCCAUUGAGUCUGUAUUUUGUCUUGGAAAGAAAGAGCCAUUAAAGAUUGGCUCGGUUAAAUCAAACAUGGGGCAUGCUGAAGCAGCCAGUGGAAUGGGCCAAGUUGCUAAAGUUGUUAUUGCCCUUGAGACUGGAAUUAUUCCACCAAAUCUGCAUUAUAAAGAACCACGUGAAGGGGUUGAAGGUCUUCUGAAUGGAAAAAUGGAGGUUGUAACUGAACCAACGCCUUGGAAGGGAGGAUACGUUGGUGUAAGUUCAUUCGGCUUCGGUGGUUCUAAUGCCCAUGUUCUCCUCAAAUCAAACCCCCGGAAUAAGAUCAAUGAGGGAAAGCCUGCGGAUGAUCUACCUCGGCUAGUCGUCAGUUCUGGGAGAACAGAGGAAGCUGUUGAGUCUAUCUUAACAGAUAUAGAAAGUCGAUCAGUGGAUGUAGAAUACGUUCGAUUGCUGCACGAUCUGCACGCAGAGAAUCUUGCAGGUCACCUCUACAGAGGCUACACAAUCCUCGGUACUUCCAGUUCUGGACAAAAACUCCGAGAUUUGAAAUACUGCCCAGAUGUUAGACGACCCGUCUGGUUCCUCUUCUCAGGAAUGGGUUCGCACUGGCCAGCCAUGGGCACCUCUCUUCUACGAUUUCCCGUCUUUGCGGAUGCCAUAAAGAAAUGCGAUUCAGUCCUCAAAAUUCGUGGUGUUGAUAUCUACGAGAUCUUGACGAAUACCAACAAAUCAGUCUUUGAAAGCCUUUCCAAUUGCUUUGUUGGAGUAGUAGCGAUGCAGAUUGGUCUGUUUGAUCUUUUAACAUCAUUGAAAAUAGUCCCAGAUGCGAUUAUCGGGUACUCAAUUGGAGAACUAGUGUGUGCUUAUGCAGAUGGCUGUUUUACAGCUGAACAAACAAUCUUAGCUGCAUACAGUGAAGCUUUAGCUUUGAUGGAAUGUAAUAGAAUCAAAGGUGCAAUGGCCGCUGUCGGUCUGAGCUAUGAGCAAACUCAAAAACUCUGUCCACCAGAUAUCCAAGUAGCUUGUCACAACGGACCUGAUAUGACAGCUAUAAGUGGUCCAAUGGCGUCAAUCAACUCUCUAAUCGCUAAAUUAUCAGCGAACAAUAUUUUCGCUGAAGAAAUUCCCUGCGGUGACAUCGCUUACCACAGCAAAUACAUAGCAGACGUUGGCUCAAAGCUCUUUGGGUAUCUAAAAAAAAUCAUUCCAGAUCCUAAAUCGAGAAGUUCCAGAUGGCACAGCACAUCCAUACCCCAGUCCCAAUGGAAUUCACCUCAAGCAAAAUUUUCAUCAGCUGAAUAUCACACGAACAAUCUUCUUGCUCCUGUUCUCUUCCAAGAAACCACCGCUCUCAUCCCUAGAAAUGCUAUUGUCAUCGAGAUAGCACCACACGAACAACUUCAGAAGAUUUUGAAGCGAUCUCUCAGUUCUUCAAUCACCAAUAUCAGCCUCAGUGAAAAUGGACAUCGGGACAGGACUGAAGUAUUUUUGCAGGCAGUUGGAGAGCUGUAUGAAGCUGGAUUGCAGCCUGAAAUUUGGAAAUUAUACCCGGAAGUGAAAUUUCCAGUGUCGAGAGGGACGCCUAUGUUAUCUCCACUCAUCAAGUGGGAUCAUUCUGAAGACUGGUUCGUUACCUCUUACAGAACACUCGAAAAAAUUGACUCGGGUGAGAGAGUUGUGGAGCUGGCGAUGACAGAUGAAGAUUAUGAGUACAUGGAGGGCCAUGUUAUUGAUGGAAAAAAUCUCCUACCUGCUACUGGAUAUUUGUUAUUUGUCUGGGAAACUGUAGGACUGAUGAGGGGAGCACGGUACACUGAAGUCCCAAUUGUCUUCGAGGAUGUGCGAUUUUUAAGGGCAACUACACUUUUCAAGGACGUUACGUAUAAGCUCACCAUUAUGAUCAACAAAGGAACUGGAAAGUUUGAAGUCGUAGAAGGAGGAGUAGCUGUGGUGACUGGAACCGUUCGUUACACACUGGAUCCUCAGGAAGAGCAGAUAAAUGUCCUGAUAAAGAAUCAUGAUGAACCUGAACAGAUGACCAGUAGAGAUAUCUACAAAGAGUUUCGAUUACGUGGAUAUCAGUAUUCUGGAUUAUUCAAAGCUAUUAAAAGUGCUACAACUGAUGGAUCCAAGGGAACAAUCGCUUGGACGAAUAAUUGGGUGGCAUUCAUGGAUAAUAUGCUGCAAAUGGUACUCCUCGGACGUGAUACUCGCAACCUUUUUGUACCGACGGGAAUUAGAAAACUGGUGAUUAAUACCAAGAAGCAUUAUCAAGAGAUCCGUGAGAUGCCACAGGAUAAACAAGAAUUGAAAGUUUAUACUAAUCAGCAUCACGACGUGAUCUUCUCCGGUGGUGUUCAAAUCCAUAAUCUACAGGCUAGUGCGAUAGCUCGAAGAAGACCCGCAGGCGAUCCUGUCCUGGAGACCUACAAAUUUGUCGCCCAUAGAGACCGUGCAGAUGUACCUCUGAAGGAUGCAGUUCAAUUGGCAACUCAUCUUGCCUUGGAAAAUCAUCUCGGCGUUAAUGUUAGAACGCUAGAGGCCCUACGAGCAGAAGAGACACAUCCCGUCGAAGAACUUUUGUCGUUCCAUAUAUCAGAGACUCUAGCGAAUUUACCCAUGAUUCAAGCGGAAGUUAAUAUGGUAACUGAGCAAAAUGAGUUACAGCCGAAAGAUAUCCCUGAGAACGUCAUCGUCACGGAAUACAAAAGGCUGACUCCAGAAAUGAAUGCAUUGAUUUUAGCAGGACGUAAUAUACUCGUAACCCAAAAAGACGAUCCAGUGAAGCAGCUUCUGACGAAUCUGAAGGAUAGGGCGUUUGUUAUUACCCUUGAAUCAUCACCACCACAAGAAAUUAUUCAAUCAUCUAGAAAAUAUGGGUUACAAAUACUUCUAGAAAAAGUUGUCGGUGGCGUGACAUUUUGGCUGUUCCGAAAAGUGGAUAAAAUACCGCAGAAUAUUACCAUAAUUACCGUAACCAAUGAACAAUUCUUCUGGGUAAACACAUUAAAAACAGCGCUGAAAUCGAAGACUGAGAGAAAUACUUCAGGGUCGUCGAGAAUUCUAUUGGUGAGUGAUAGAUCGUUUGAGAAUGGCCUUCUGGGUAUGAUCAAUUGUCUUCGGAAGGAGCCUGGCGGUGAAAUAGUUCGUGGGCUAUUAAUCCAAGACCCAAAUGCCCCGAACUUUCAACUCUCAGAUCCUCUGUAUGCCGAUCAAAUGAAAUUAGAUCUAGCAGUGAAUGUCUUGAGAUCAAGAGGCACUUGGGGAUCAUACAGACAUCUUCCACUCUCACCUCCUGCAGUACGUCCCACGUACCAUGCCUGGGCCAAUCAACUAGUGAAAAGUGAUCUCAGUUCAUUCUGUUGGGUGGAAGGAACCAUAACGCCAGACCAAAAGCAGUCCGAUCUUGUUAGAGUGGUUUACUCAUCAAUUAACUUCAAGGACAUCAUGUUGGCCACUGGAAAACUUACUUCUGACAUUUUUGUUAAAAUGCGGAGUGCGGCUGAGUGUCUAUUAGGAUUUGAGUAUUCUGGAAUUAAGACAAACGGUACCCGUGUGAUGGGGAUAAUUGCUCGCCGUGCUAUUACAAAUAUUCUAAAUAGCGAUCCAAUCUUCACCUGGAAAAUUCCUGAUGCUUGGACUCUUGAAGAAGCAGCUACCGUGCCAUGCGUCUAUGCCACGUGCAUUUAUGCUCUUUACUUCCGUGGAAACAUGAAGAAAGGUGACAAAGUACUGAUUCAUGCUGGAUCCGGUGGUGUUGGACAAGCAGCUAUCAAUCUCGCACUCUGGACUGGAUGUGAGAUAUUUACGACUGUUGGUACUAAAGAAAAGAGAUUAUUUAUUCAGCAGGAGUUCCCCCAAAUUCCUGAUGAUCAUAUUGGUAAUUCUAGAUGUACAACAUUUGAGCAGAUGGUGAUGGAUAAAACUAAUGGAAAGGGUGUUGAUAUUGUUCUUAACUCACUUGCUGAUGAGAAGCUUCAGGCUUCGGUUAGGUGUUUAGCGGAGGGAGGAAGAUUUUUGGAAAUUGGAAAAUUUGAUAUGGCCAAUAAUAGUCCUCUUGGGAUGUCCAUAUUUUUGAAGGAAAUUAGUUUUUAUGGUGUUUUAUUGGAUAAAUUAUUUGAUGCUCCUGAUCACAAGAAGAAAGAAGUUGAAGUUUUAAUGGCGAAAGCACUAAACGAAGGAGCUGUUAAACCAAUCAACAUGACUAUCUUUCCUAGAGAUCAAAUUGAGGCUGCGUUUAGAUAUAUGGCAGCUGGAAAACAUAUCGGCAAGGUACUCCUUCAAAUUCAAGAUGAAAAGAAAUUGGGACUUCCGAUCCCGGCGAUACCGAGAUAUUACUGCCGAGAAGACAGAUCGUACAUAAUUCUCGGAGGACUCGGAGGCUUUGGUUUGGAAUUAGCCGACUGGCUUGUUCUUCGAGGAGCUCAACACCUAAUCCUCACAUCACGUUCAGGCAUCAAGAACGGUUAUCAACUGAUGCGUAUUAAGAUCUGGCAGAGUUAUGGGGUAAAAGUGACGAUUAUCUCUGGAAAGGAGGCAUCAGACGUUGGAGAUUGUGAAGAGAUUCUACUGACAGCUUCAAAUCAAGUUCCUGUGGAUGCGAUUUUCAAUCUGGCAGUUGUCCUCAAGGAUAAUCUUUUUGAGAAUCAAACAGCCGAGACCUUUGAAGAGUCUUUCAAGGCUAAAGCUUGGAGUACCAAAAAUCUCGACAAACUGUCCAGGAGAUUGUGCCCAAAACUCAGGCAUUUCGUUGUAUUCUCUUCGGUAUCCUGCGGUCGUGGCAAUGUAGGACAGACAAAUUAUGGAAUGUCGAACUCAGUUAUGGAAAGAGUUUGUGAGCGACGUGCUGCUGAUGGACUUCCAGCUCUUGCGAUCCAGUGGGGAGCUGUUGGAGACGUUGGUCUCGUUGCAGAUAUGCAGAAUGAUGACAAAGAGCUUGUAAUUGGAGGAACUCUUCAGCAGAGGAUAACAUCGUGUCUCCAUGAACUCGAUGGCUUCCUAACUCAGAACUCUCCAAUUGUUGGAAGCAUGGUGGUCGCUGAGAAAAGAGCAGGCGGCAGUAGCGCUCUCAAUGUUGUCGAUACUAUACUCAACAUCAUGGGUUUGAAAGACCUAAAAUCAAUUAGUCAGCAUACAUCACUAGCUGAGCUUGGAAUGGACUCAAUGAUGGCUGUGGAAAUAAAGCAAACGCUGGAGCGUGAAUUUGAGAUAUUCCUUACCGCACAAGACAUUCGAGCCCUCAACUUUUCUAAACUUAAUGAAAUGAUUUCAAUAGAUCCUCACACAAUAGACAAAGAUAGUAAAAGUGCAGAGGAAAAGACUCCUUCAAUAAUGAAAUUACUGGUGAAACUUCUCGGUGCGGAUGAGAGUAUGAUGCAAAAAAAAACUUUCAAAUUACCCACGAAGCAGGAGAGGACAAAGGACGAGAUAUUUUGUAUCCCUGGAAUUGAAGGCUUUGGCGCCGUCUUCAUGAAUAUCGCCCCUGAAAUCGAGGCUCCGGCCAUUUGUUUACAAUUAGACCCCAUCAGUGACUCUAUUAAAGAUCUAGCUACAAAAUUAUUGCCUCAUGUCUUGGAGAAGAACAAAAAUCGAAAAGAUUUCCUUAUUGUAGGAUAUUCAUUUGGAUCUCUUGUUGCACUUGAAAUGGUUCGACAAUUAGAAGCUCUAAGCUGUAAUUGCCAAUUAAUUUUGAUUGACGGCUCUCCGGACUUUUUGAAGACCAUCAAAAAUCAGCAGUUGAAGGCCGAAAAUGACGAAGACCUCGGAACCAAUCUGCUCAUUAAUAUUACUAAUGUCGUUGCACCUGGUGUUAGUGACAACCUAUAUUCAGAACUUCAAAAAUGCAGAACGUGGGAAGAUAAACUCGAGGCUUACAUGGAACGUAUGCCCAGUGAUGCCUUAAAACUUUCAGCUGAGAAUCAAAGAAAUGUGACGAUGGCUAUGUACCAACGACUUAAAUCGGUUGGCUAUUACGAUCCUUACAGUUUUCCACCCAUUAAAUCUUCCAUCACAUUAUUAAAGCCAACCUUGGAGAGUUUCAAAUAUCUCUCACCGGAUUAUGGACUUACAAAGUUAACGACGGGAAAAGUAACGGUUCAUAAACUUGAAGGCAACCACACGACAAUAAUGGACAAUCCAAAAGUUGCAGCUGUAAUAAAUGGAGAGCUUCUCCAAAAUGCAAUGCCUUGAGUUUUUUCAUUUGUCUAAUAGAAGGAAUAAAUGAAUUUGGUAGUUGAGGUGGACGGCUGGGCUGGGGGCUGGGAGCUGAAAGGCAGCCUCAGGUGUCGACUUGGAGGCUCCCACAGGACUAGGG